UCCUUCCUUUUUCCAUUUUUGUAAUGUUGUUCAUGAUGAAUUUCUUCUGGGAAAAUCACAGUUCUUCCAUUUUUUAUUUUUACUAGAUUUUAUGUGAAAGGAUAUGGAGGGAAGGUCUUGGCUCCAUAUUGACUCCAUGGCUGCAGCCCCUGUGACAACCGCCACCAAUAGCAGCCCACCGACGGAAUCACCGCCAUCGGCUCUCCCAUUAAAGGGCCGAGUAGCUAUAGUAACUGGGUCGUCUCGUGGGAUUGGCCGGGAAAUAGCUACCCACCUGGCUGAGCUUGGGGCUAAACUCGUUAUCAACUACACCUCCAACUCGGCCCAAGCCGAUAACGUAACGGCCGAGAUCAAUUCUCUCUAUUCUGAUGACGGCCCACGAGCAGUCUCUGUCCGUGCCGAUGUCUCCGACCCUGUCCAGGUUAAGUUUCUCUUCGACUCCGCCGAGCGCGCCUUUGGCUCUCCGAUUCACGUCCUGGUUAACUCCGCUGGGAUUGUGGAUUCUAAGUAUCCCAAAGUAGCCAAUACUUCUGUGGAGGACUUCGAUUGGAUUUUCAGUGUGAAUACAAGAGGGUCGUUCUUAUGCUGCAAGGAGGCAGCGAACCGUCUAAAACGCGGCGGUGGUGGGCGGAUUAUAUUGCUAUCAACAUCCAUGGUGGGGGAGUUGAAGCCUGGGUUUGGGGCAUACGCAGCAUCAAAGGCUGCAGUGGAGACAAUGGUGAAAAUCCUGGCAAAGGAGCUCAAGGGGACCGCCAUUACUGCCAACUGUGUAGCGCCAGGGCCAAUUGCAACAGAAAUGUUCUUUAGCGGAAGGACUGAGGAGAUGGUGCAGAAAGCAAUCGACGAGAUCCCACUUGACCGGCUUGGUGAGACAAAGGAUGUGGCUCCCUUUGUUGGGUUCUUGGCUACUGAUGCCAGUGAGUGGAUCAAUGGACAGGUUAUUCGUGUUACUGGGGGCUCCUGUUGAGUGAAGACUGUUUCUUGAUAUUGCAGGUUGAUAAUCCUUCUCAUCUGUAAGCAUAUAGAAUUCGUUUUUGUUACUGUGUCAUUGCCUUGCCUGUCUUAUAAUUUCCCAUGUAAAUUUUAAGCUCAAAUCCAAGUGAACCAUGUUAUAUAGACUCGAGAUUAUGUGUUAACCAAUGUUCUACAAGUUCUAUCAUGUUUACAUGGAUGCAAAGUAACUGAUAUAUUGUGUUGGACAAGAAUUUGUUUGAUGUUUUCCACAUUCUAUCAUGUUUACAAGGAUGUAUAGUAGCUGAUAUAUAGUGUUGGACAUGAGUUUGAUAAUUUCCACGUUCUAUCAUGUUUACAUGGAUGUAAAGUAGCUGACAUAUAGUGUUGGACAUUAGUUAGUUUGAUGUUCUCCACAUUCUAUCAUGUUUACAUGGAUGUAAAGUAGCUGAUAUAAAUGGGUUUGUUAAGGUAAAAUGGGAGAGUUUUGUGUGACAGCAAAAGCCUUCUGCUGUUCGCACAGCCAAAAGACAGACUUUAGAAUGGAAGUGCUUAUUGCUUAAUUGUUUUUCUCUUCUUUAUCAACCAUUCUUGAAUCUUCCCUGAUGCACUUCUGGAAUUCCUCUUUUUCUCAGUCGUAAAUCAAGUAAAGCUGGGGAGAUGAUCAAGAGGUAGGAGCUUGAGUUCAUGUUGCAUCUUUCUUGUUUGUUUGUUCCCCUUACCUAUCUCCCAUUUCUGUCCCAUAUUUAUUUCCAUCAUAUUGUAUUUUUUACCGGCCAGAAAUAAUAUUUCAUUCAGGUACCUAAUUUCCAUCAUAUUGUUAUUGUAUCAAUUACCAUGAAAAAAAUACAAUAAAAGCCUGCUUUUAUA